AUGGACGACACCAACUCCAGCCGCCGCCGACGCAACCGCAGCUCCUCCAAAACCACUUCUCUCCACGAAACCGAUGGUCGCGAGCCGAGCUUCCAGGACGGCGGAGAUCCGGCGGUUUGGGCGACCUUCAGCGAGAACUUCCACCAGGUUCAGUCGGUGCUCGACCGCAAUCGCCUCCUGAUCCAGCAAGUCAAUGAGAAUCACCAGUCCAAAAUCCACGACAACAUGGUGAAAAACGUGGAGCUGAUUCAGGAAAUUAACGGCAACAUUACCAAAGUCGUCUCUCUCUACUCCAAUCUAUCCUCCGAUUUCAUGACCGCCGUCAACCACCGGAGCGCCGCCAAGAGCAACUCCGAGUCUGAGGAGAAACAGUGACCGCCGACCACCAAGUUCGUCCCUUCUAUUCCUUCAAUUCUCUGUUAUCUAUCACGCACUUCACGAGCUCACACACACACAUACAUAUAUAUAUAGAUAGAUACACAGAUGUAUGUAUAAUUUUACAUAUACUUGCAGUAUUUGGAAUACAACAAUGGUGGCUGUGGCAACA